AUGGACAAGACGAAAUCAAAACUAGCCGCUUUUUUUGACAACGACGAAGAAGAAUCUUCGUUCCCACAAAAGACAGUCGAUGACCAGAAGCUGUCUCAAUAUACGCAGGGAACCGUACGGAAAUCGCGUCGAGAGAAAGAGAAGGAGGCUCUGGAAGCCAAGAAACGAGAGGAAGAGGAACAUGCCGCCAGGGCUUACGCCGAGUUCCUGGACGCUUUCGAAGGCGACGAUGCGAACAAGCGGAAAUCAACCUCCAAUUUCGUGAGGGCGGGAGGCGACUCGAAGGGCUCCUAUUUGCCUCCCUCAAAGAAAACAACGGAGACCCCGUCACGGUCUACAGAAUUUUUCAGAGAAGAGAGCAGCGGACCCCCUUCACCUCCACAAGGCAGCGCACCGAAACCUAAAGGAAAACGCGCUAUGGACGCUUUUCUUGAAGAGAUAAAGAGGGAGCAAGCUCAACGAGAGGCCAAAUUCUCUCGUCAUCCUCAUGGCAGGUCUGUGACUGCUUUAGCAGCCUAUGAAGGUCAGAGUGGAAGUAAAGAUCGAGGAGACCCAGAGACAUCCAACGUCUUUGUGGCAAACUUGCCCUCCAACGUUACCGAACAGUCUCUGGGAAACUUUUUUGCGCGGAGUGGUCCUGUUGGUUCGGUGAAAAUCAUGUGGCCUCGUGGCGAUCCCACGGUAGGGCCUGGAGGAGACAUGACUACGUCUCGUCGGAACAGAAAUAGCGGUUUAAGUGGUUUUGUUUCGUUUAUGAAGCGGAAAGAUGCAGAAAAUGCUCUUCGCGAGUUUGAUGGAUAUGACUGGAAUGGCUCGGUUCUACGUGUGGGAUGGAGUAAAGCUGUUCCUGUGGCAGCUAAGCCUCUAUACGUCGCUCGACAGUCUCGUUCUAGAUCAAGGUCACGAGAUCGCCAAUUUAGGAGUAGAAGUAGAAGCAGCCACGGGUCUCCUUCUCGUGAGGGACAUUAUCGCUCGUCUCGACGUUCUCGCAGUCGAAGCCGUUCGCAAUCGCCCUAUCAGCGUCGUUCAUUUAGUCGGUCUCGUCCUUAUGGUAGCCGCAGCCCGUCCCAUCGGAGGCGGUCUCGUAGCUUGUCUAGAGGUCGUGAGGAUGAUGAAGCUUCAGCUGUCACCGAUACUUUUAUCCGUGCUGUUGCCGCUGAAGUUAAAGGACAAGGUCCGAAGUAUGAAGCAAACUUACGAGAAUGGGAGCAAGACAACCCCAAGUACUCCUUUCUCAUCAGGAGGAAGCAUAAACGACAUGUGUACUACAGGGGACUUAUUGAGCGAGAGGACAUUGUGGAUCCUGAGUUUAACGAUGAGGGAUAUAAUUCAGCUUAUUCCACCGACUCUGCCGAAGAAUCUGAACAGGAACGCACCCGGAAGAAUGCUCUAGGGAAACUUGCUCGCAAGCGAUUUGAAGCUAUGCUUCGUGGACUGUCGGGGAAGCGUGGUGAACUGGCUCGCUGUAUGACUUUCAGUUUGGAGCACGCAGAGGCUGCUCGUGAGAUUUGUGACAUUAUUGUUGCCUCAUUACUCGUGGACGGAACCCCUGUCCCACGGAAGGUAGCCCGGUUACACUUGAUUUGUGACAUUCUGCACAACUCUGCUGCUUCCGUUCCGAGUGCAUGGAAGUUCCGUCAAGAAUUCCAAUCACGACUAGGCAUCGUGUUCGAUCAUUUGGCCUCAAUCUAUCAUUCCUUCCCAGGUCGUAUCACUGCUGAGACAUUCAAAAAACAGAUAACUUCCGUUGUUGACAUAUGGGAGGACUGGAUUGUGUUUCCCCCUGACUUCACGUCGGAAUUACGAGCCAGACUGGAUGGCACAAGCCGUUCAGACGCCCAGCCUAAAGAAGAAGCAGACGAUCUUGAAGUCUCAGAGUCUAAGGAAGUAUAUACUUCCAGGUUCAAAGCAAAAUCAUUUCAACCUGCGCAGGACAUUGUCGAACCUGCUGUACUUGACGUUCCUGGUAAAGAUAACAAAGUUGGUGGGGAGCCUAUGGACGAAGGAAGCGACAUUGACGGGGAGGCCAUGGAUAAUGUCGAUGGAGAACCAUUGAACGAUGAUGUGGACGGUGUACCCAUCGACGAUAUCGACGGCGCGCCGAUUGAUGAUGUUGAUGGUGCCCCUAUUGAAGACAUGGAUGGUGAACCAAUGGAGGAGGAUGAGAAUGUUGAUGGUGUUCCUAUGAGCAUCUGAUGCUAAUUGUUGUUCAUCGUGGAUACGGGACGGGGUCACUGCACUUCUUUCUUCUCAAACUUUUAAUUUCUCUCUACUCGUAUUGUCAAGAACUCAAACGGCUGUCGCCCAACACCGUGUAAAAUCCUUUCGCCUUAUAAUUACUAUGAAUCUUCAUUUGUUGGACAAUUUGCAUGUCACAAGAGGCUUGGACUGUCAGAAUAUAGUAGCCCCUUGAAGCUUUGAAUUGGUGUGAGGUGGUCAUAGUAUUGAUGCAUUCCGUUAUAGAAUUAUAAUUGCUGUGAGGUGUGCGUAGCGAUGUAUGUAACAAGCAUUGAAUCCAUGUUUUCCAUCCCAUAUUUCAUCCCUAGAUCAUUAAUACAAACAAGCCUUUCAAUCGUAUUGCCGACGUGGAGGGCGGGAAGAAGCCAUCUUAAUAAUAGCCUCUUUAGCAGACUC